UGGAGCCCGGAAGAGUUGAUCAUGAGGAUGAAGAUGAUGAUGGUCAAACCGAGAUUGAGCAGAUAAACGUGAGGUUCGUCGCUGAAGCCUCCACUUUGUUUUUUUUCCCUGCGACAUUUGUCCGUGUCUAACAGCUGGAAGACAGGAAGGAGAUAUUUCUGUUUCUCCACUGAGCAGCUGAGCCACGAGGCUACAUGGUGUGUGUUUCCUACUCAGAGUGUGGAUGUGCGGGUGUGCAGAGAUGGAAAGCUAUGAGGAGUUCUGUCUGCGGAGUCUGGCCAUACUGCAGGAGGAGGGGAAAUUCAAGAAGACAACAUGCGAGCCACCGUGCUCCCUGAAGGCUCGCUCUGCCAUCCACUUCUGUGGAAGAGCUGUGCUUUCGCCUCUGCUGAAUGCAGAGCAGCGCAGCGAGAUGUGUGGCUACAGACACAGAGCGAUCCAGCUGGAGGUGGACAGACAGAACCAGCAGAGAAACAAGCUUUUGGCCAGGGUUCAGGGCAUACUGGAUCAGGCUCAGGUAUUUAAAGUAUCAGAUGAAGAUGUUGACAAGUUGCCAGUUUCUAAAUCGGCAACAGUCAAUGGCUACACUCUGGUCACUGACUCACCUGGGCUCCCCAAAGACCCUGGAUUUGGGGUUCAGACAAAUGAUCAGCAUGCCACUCCAUGCUCUGAGAAUCUUAUCCUUAAUGGUUAUAAGGCAGUGGAGGAAGUGAAGGUGGAUGGCCAAGAACAGAGUGAGGAGGAGGAAGAAGACGAGGAAGAGGACAUUAGUUUGGACAGCCUUCUUAAGCGAUCAAGGGAGUAUGUGAAGAGAGAGCAGAGUCAGCAGGGAUCAAAAGCUGUCCGCUCAAUGACCCAGACUCCCCCACCGGAGACCGUCUCUGUCAGUGAAGAGAAGAGCUGCAGCCCUGUGACGGACACAGGCAUUCAGUUUGGAUUCAGUCUGCACCAUAGCCCUGUUGGCCCACCUCAAAUCCCUCAUCAAGUGCUACAUGACUCCAGUCCUCAAAAGUCUGUCUGCCUCUCACCUAGUCUACCAGAACCAUUUGCUUGUCGUCCCAAUCCAGAGUCCAGCAUUAGUCCUCGUCCACAGAGACGUAAACCACGCCCAGUUUCUACAGGCAACAUCCAUAUUUCCUUUCCUAUUGGCACAGCAGACCUUAUCCCUCGAAGCCCAGUGUGGUCAGAGGAAGGCAUUGGUAUGGCAGAUUGGGGAGAAGCUCUCUCAGGGGCGUCAACAUCCCCAUCUUACUGGAGCUCAGUGGGGAGGGAUAGUAUCAGCCGGAGUGGCAUUCGUCGAUCCAGCCACUGUGGCACCAGUCCAGUGAAGGAGGACUGUAACCCUAUCAGUGCCUCAGUUCCCAGCUCAAUGGUUGAUCAUCUGGCUGCGGGUUUUCGCCGGCGCUGCCACACCAUGGACAGCCAGCUGCAUACCUACCAGUCUGGAGGGGAGCAUGUAGACCGCAGCCAGGAAAGGCUCCCUCGCUUCAUGGCAGGAGUUUCAUUGUUGGCACCAAGUCGGCGCACACCUGCAGCCCCAUUAAACCAUACGUAUGAUAUGGAGAAUUCCUCACCGUCCCUGCUGAGGCCCUGUAUGACCCCUGCAGACGAGUCUCUGGGGCCAAACAAUAGCAGGAAAACAUCAGCUGUCCUCAGACAGGCAGCUGAAGCACAGUUUCGCAAGACAGAGGAGACCCAGUGGCGAGCACAGGCUCUGGAGGACAUGCAGAGACGUCUUGAGAAGGAGCAUGCUUUGCAGAUGUCACUGCUCCUCGCUGAGCAGGAGAAAGAGCAACAGCGCCUCCAUCUGGAGCUUGAGGAGACCGAGAGAAGGCUGAAGGAGCAGGGGCGUGUGCGGCCUCUAAGUGCGGAUGCUUCUGGCUGGAAUUGUUGGUCCACGAAUGACCGCCAUCCCAUCAUGAGCCCCUCGUGCCCGGGACUAAGCCCUGUCCACACGCCAUCAGAACGAUCACCUGGACACAGUAUAGGUUUGCCCAGUCCCGUCCCUUCUAGUGCAUCGUCUCCAUCUCUCCAGCCUCCUCUUUAUCUGUGGGGUUCUGCUUGGGGAGCUAGCAAACCUCGGGGGAGGCUAAGUCUGGUUCUGACAGCAGAUCAGCAGAAAGCAUUUUGCCAAAUUGGCGCCAUCACUCGCGGCUUCCUCACACGGAGAUUACUUAAAACAGAGAAGGUCAAACACCUACGCCAAACCAUUGUGGAUACACAGGAGUUCAUCCGUUCAUUUCAAACCGAAGCACUACAGAAGAGAAGCACCUACUCAGCACAAGAUCUUGCCCUGCAGGAGCGAGUUAGGGCCCAGUUACGUGCAGCUCUGUAUGACAUCCAUGACAUCUUCUUUGAAAUGCCUUUGGAGGAUCGAUUAGCAUUACUGCAGCAGGACAGAGAGCUCCGUGUGGAGAGGAAGCUGCGAGACAUGGAGAAAGCCAAGUGCCCCAAAGACCGAGUGGCUCUUUCUGCUGCCACACAGAGGUCUCUGGACAGGAAAAAGAAGGUUGGUGAAUCUCCAGCACAGACUAGGAAGAUGCAGCAGAAGCCAAAAAGCCCCACAACCAACAGAGUCUUGAAGCCAAGCCAAGGACAAAAUGCUUCUGCCCCAGGACAGCUUAACCGUCAGGGGAGCUGGUACAGAAAAACCCCAGAAGAGAGGGUGAGGCGCUCAGAGAGCCUGAAGAAGCAACACUCUCUAGGCUAAAACGGGACACUACACGCCCCGACCUGUGAACUUGAAUUUUUAGUCUUUUAAUACAAACCUUGCACCACUGAAACUUUAGUCAGCGCUGCUAACAAUAUGAUUGUCCUGGAUUUACCUUUUGAAAUCCACACGAAUGUAUUCACUGACAAACACCAUCACAGUGCUAUUGGUUAGACUGUUGCCACCUGCUGAAAUAAUUUGUCUCAACAACUGAUUGUUACGAUGAAGGAAAAAUAAGUAGCUGUACUUAAAUGUAAGCCACAAGAAGCUAAAUUGAAAAAAAAAAUUCUGUGCCUAAGUACUAUGCCUUUGUUAUCUGUAAUGUUUUAGCAUGCAUAUAAUUAUUAUCAAGUGCUUAUAGCUGUUCACUUGCACACAGAGUCACAUAAUUUAAUUGUCCUGAAAAUAUAUUUAAAUGCACAUGAUUUAUUAAUGGUAAUUUUUUAAGGGCUUAAAUUAUUUGUGGAUUGUUUCUCUGCUUAUUUAUUUAUGCUGAGUUUACAGUACCCUGCAUCAUAUCAGGGUGUUUAAGUAUUCAGCUUAAAUGUCUGAAAUGAUCAUCGUAUCUUUGUUUACACACUGGCAUGCUGUUACACCUAUGUAGCUUCACACAAGAUGCACACGAGGCAUUCAGUGUGGACUUUAUUUCAGAAACGACUGAGUAAAAAUAAACUAAGAAGACCAAGAAAUAAUAUGACAUUUUAAUAAAAUACAGUUUCUGUAGUAUUAUGUGAACUAAUGUGUUCACUGCGGUACCACACAUUGACUUCAUAUCUGUGCACCUGUAGCAUUCAGUGUGUUUUUCUCUCACAUUGCUGUGCUGUCUUUUAAAGGAUGUUUUAUUUUGUUUCAAAUGUCAGAUUGUUUUUUCUCCUAUGUCCAGAAUAAA